AAGGAACGACACGCUAGAGACAUGACGAUGCGUACGCCCAGGCGCUCGGCGAUAAGCCGAAGUACGCCGGCAGAGUUCGGCAGGUUGGGUCAAAUGUUUGGCCUGUGCGGGGGUCCAUACGCUCAUAACAUACACCAUCACAGCCACGUUCACAAAAUCAAGGGCAUGCCGUCUUUUCGCAAGAAAUAUUUGCUUCUGAGAUGGAGAGAGUACUCGAGGCUGAGCGGGCACGACAAGCUUCUGAGAUCGAGAGAGUACUUGAGGCUGAGCGGGCACGACACAAGUUACAAAUGGAUGAGGUGUUGGCAGCACAAUCUCAGAUUAUGUCCCGUUUUAGCCAAAUGGAGUCAUUGUGGCGCCAAUCAGCAUCCAUGCCCGGAGUCUCUCAUGAUAACGCAGUGCCAGACAAAAAUUCUGCACAUCGUAUGAAUGUAUCAUCUGUUGAUAGCAGAUCAGAUCCUACGGAAAAUGCUGUGCAGUUACCCGAUCAUGAAAAUCUUGCUGACGAUUGAUAUUGGGUAACAUUUAGGUUUAUUUUAGUUAGCAAAUAUGU